AUGCAGGCAGACGCGCGCUGCCACGACGUCGACGGAAGCCAGCUCCAGCAGCCAGCGAAGGUGCACGCGGCGCCGGACCGCGCUGCCCGCCGGCCCAGGGCAGGAAGCACAUCUCAUGAGAAGAUCCUCUCCUUCCUGUUUGCCACUCAGGAAAUCAACCAGAAUCCCAGCCUCCUUCCUAACCUCUCCCUGGGCUACAGUGUGUACGACACCUAUAAUGAUGCCAGAAUGACUUCCGAUGCAGCUGUAGACCUGCUCUCAGCGGGGCCAACCAAUGUUCCCAACUACAACUGUGGAAGGAAAAACCACUGGUUGGCUAUUCUUGAAGCACUGGACUCUGACAACUCUGUCCAGAUUUCAAACAUGUUGGGCAUCUACAAAGUCCCACAGGUCAUUUAUGCCUUUGCUUCUCAGGUUCUGAGUGAUCAAACUCAGUUCCCUUUUCUCUUCCGGAUGGUCCCCAAAGAAGGGGUGCAGUACCUGGGGAUCAUCCAACUGCUGCUGCAUUUCAAGUGGACAAUGAAUGGAGAGCUGGCAGCCAAUUUCAACCUUGUGAACUGGGUCAAGUUUCCCAACUUGACUGUUGUAAGAGUGAAACUUGGAAGCCUAGAAAGGCAGCGAUCAUCUGGGCCCAAAUUCACCUUGGACCGAGAUGCCAUCGUGUGGCCCAACUGGUUCAACAAGCCCCUGCCCCAGUCCAGGUGUGUGGAGAGCUGCCACCCAGGAUUCUUCAAGGUAGCUCAGGAAGGAAAGCUCAUUUGCUGCUACGACUGCAUUCCAUGUGCGGAAGGGACCAUCUCCACCCAGGAAGAUGCAGAGCAUUGCACCAAGUGUCCAGCCAAUCAGCAUCCAAACAAGGAUCGUAAUCUAUGUAUACCCAGGAUUAUCACCUUCCUGUCUCAUGAAGGUUACCUAGGAGUCACCCUGGCUUCCUCAGCCCUGACCCUAUCCUUAAUGACAGGAUUUGUGUUAGGAAUUUUCAUUAAGUUCCUAGAAACCCCCAUAGUGAGAGCAAACAACCGGGACCUCUCCUACAUUCUCCUUGUUUCCCUCUUGCUUUCCUUCCUGUCCUCCUUCCUCUUCAUUGGCCAGCCGAGGAAGGUGACCUGCCUUCUCCGACAGACAGCCUUCGGCAUCAUCUUCUCAGUGGCUGUCUCUUCUCUCUUGGCCAAGACCAUCACUGUGGUGUUGGCCUUCCUGGCCACCAAGCCGGGAAAUGUGGCAAGGGGGUGGCUGGGGAAGAGUUUGGCCAACUCCAUUGUCAUCUCCUGUUCCAGUGUCCAAGUAGUCCUCUGCACCAUCUGGCUGGGGACCACGCCCCCUUUCCCUGACUCUGACAUGCAAUCCCAGCCUGGACAGAUUAUACUGCAGUGCAACGAAGGCUCUGUGGUCAUGUUCUAUGCUGCCCUCGGCUACAUGGGCUUCCUGGCUGCCAUCUGCUUCACUGUGGCUUUCCUGGCCAGAAAGCUGCCUGGGUCCUUCAAUGAAGCCAAGCUGAUCACCUUCAGCAUGCUGGUCUUCUGCAGCGUCUGGGUGUCCUUUGUGCCCACCUACCUGAGCACAAGGGGCAAGUACAUGGUGGCCGUGCAGGUCUUCUCCAUCUUGGCUUCUGGUGCUGGGCUGUUGUUCUGCAUCUUCCUCCCCAAGUGCUACAUUAUUUUGUUGAGGCCUGAUCUGAAUUCCAAGGAGCAUCUCAUGAUGAAAAACAAAGCGUAUAUUUGA